GUCGCACCCUUCUCAUCAACACUCCACCAUUCACACAAUUAUGACAGCGUUUGAACACCAUACCAAACGUUGCACGACGUUGCCGCGUGCUCGUCGGGGAGUGACUGUUCGCGCCACGCGGCGCCCCGCGCCGUAAUGUGACGUCAGCAACGCUCGCUCCUCUCCACCCUUCCCCAUUCUUAAUUCCCCGCACACCCUGCUCUUGAGGGAAACCCUCGCUAUAUAAUUAUAGCGGCCGAGCUUCGGGAAAUCACUUUGCUUGUGCGACAGCCAACGAACGCACGGCAGCGGCCAAGGGGACGACGCGAUAGGAGCGAACGAACGCCGGAUACACGAAUCGCGUUAACCGGUAUCGCGUCUCAUUUGAAAUUCGUGAGAAGUUCGGUUGGAGCAUCGGCAUCUUUUGUCUGAGCGAAAAGCUUUUCAGAUGGAGGCACCAAGAAAGUUGUCCAGCGGGAGCUGAUAGACACCCCACACCCAUCCAGUUCAGCGAUCCGUGAACGACUUUCAGUCCUCUCUACACUUCGCUAGGAGUAUUUGCAACCGUCGGGUGGGAACUCCAACACUCCGCCGCAACGGCUGCCAAUCGCUUUGAACGGGGUCAGCUCAACCUCCGCCGUCGACCCGCCGUGAGGUCCAACUUGGUGCAGCUGGCCAAAUCAAUGUCCUCCUUCUUCCGCCUUCGCAAUGAGACCAACAGCUCGUGCCCGGACCUGACGGGCAAGAACUACCGGGCCAGCUUCCACACGCGCUCGUCGGCCAAAGGUGUGCGGAAGAAGAUCUACCGGGCCCACCUGGAGGGCGACGGGCCCCGCAAGGGGGAGCAUGCCGUGGUUAAGGUCUUCCGUCAUGCCAAGGGCACGGAGUCCAUGUGCGACGAGGAGAUCUUCAAGCACAUCAUCGCCAGGCGCCUCAGUCGCAAGUUCAACAAGUUGGUCAACGACACCAGCGAUAAAAUCACCUUCACGCUGCCCCUCAAGUCGACGGUGGAGAAAGUGGGUGUCGGCUCCUACCUGCUGCACCGCAGUCGAACUCUGGACAAAGAGGAGUGGGUGCUGAUCGAGGAGAACCUGGCGGAAUAUGAGGAGUACAAGGCAUUCUUGCGAAAGAAUGGGGAGAAAGCCAGGAAGGAUCCAUCCUCCUUGGACGCCUUCCUUCACUUCACAUACCACGAGUCCGGUCAGAAGUUCGUCUUAUGUGGAUUCCAGGGUAUCCACACGGAGGAACAAGGCUACAAACUGACGACCCCCUGCAUCCAUUCCGUGGAGAAGAAAUACGGCCUCACCGACAAGGGCGCCAGCGGAAUCAAGUCGGUGUUCGCCAAGCACAAGUGCAACAACCUGUGCUGGAACUGGCCCACCCCGGGUGACGAGAUCGAGGACGACAAGACGUGCUCCAACGGCGAGGUGGCGGACACCAACGGCGAGGAGGCGGACAUCAACGACUCGUCCAGCGAUGAAAAGUUUGACAGCGUGCCCAUAGGUGGACUAGCCAUCCACACCACCGACAACGACAGCUCGGUGGAGGACAUCUUGUCGUCUUGAUGUUUCCUCUUGGUGUAGUCGACGGGAGCUGGUGGUCGACCCCAACGCUCCUUUCCCCCUCCUCCAUGCUUUCAUUAGUCGUCACGUCUAACUGUCGUCGGCCAACCGCGUCACUCAACGCUUCGAUGACGCCAUCAUGUACCGCUUCCAGCUUGUGACGUCUUGUGUGCUGUGACGUCAUCCAUUCCUGCGCAUGCGUCGACGUUGUAUCCUAGCUGUUGAGGUCGACGGGAGGCUUUCUUCAGGUGCUGGGAAAAAUUGAGCGAGCUUUCCUUUCGCACAGCUACGGACUGCGGGCUUUCAGUCACGUGUUGUUGUUAUUCUGUUCCAUCGCAGUGGUGAGACAUGUCCACAUCCGGUGACCAUUCCAUUGAUGAACUGUAUUUCAGAUUUCUUAACGGCCUUUCCCCAUUCUCUUCCACCCACCAUCCCCUGCCACAAUCCCUGUCGAAUUAUACAAACGACUUUCACGUGGAACAAUCGUCUGGCACCGUCCGCACGUUUUCAUGGUUCACCCAACUCCCGCACACCCAUGCUUCUCUCAAUCUGAACUUCCUACAUGUUGUGCGCAUGUGCGGGGGUGCGCUUGAAAUGCUUGACUAGUGCGAGGUAGAUGACCAGAAGAUAAAGACACACUGGACACGAGUUCUAUCGUUAAUCUUAUCGCUGUUGUUGUUAAUGGUCAGGGAUCAAAUAUCGCAAGACCCAACAGGUCAAGGGGGAGAUGCCGAAGUCAGUCUGGCGAGAGGCGGGAAGAGAAAGUGGACAGACAGGAGAAAAAUUCUUUGUAUGUUGGAACAAAUGAGUGACCACCAUGUGUGUGUGUGGCUCCUGGCAUUAGAAACAACAGCGUUCUGCAACACGAUGGAGACUGAAAAGUGUUGAUCAUUUUGGGGGUCGGAGGUCAGUACGUAUGUCAGUGGAUGCGUGACCUGUGAUGUACUCUUAAAGACACCCGAGACGAUUACUACCAGAUACUGUUGUUUGUUGAGAUUCAUCAUCGGCAUGGUUGUGACCAAACAAUUUAUCUCCUUUGUGACUUUCCUCACACAGUUCGGUCUUAUCUUCAAGCUGAUACUUACACUGGAUGACAGCCAAGUCAUGUGACUGCUGGAGACAGCGGAGGCGGAGUCAGGCUCCCAUUACACGCGGUGGGUGUUGCAGACGACAGACUCCCAUUAGGAACUGGGCGCGGCAGGACCGUGUCACCGAGAAAUGGUUUUCGUGACACCAAGACCAGGGGUGAGGUGAUAAAAUGAUGUCUGUUUGGCGCAUGCGCAGUAGGGUGCAAGACGUUGGCAGGUGGUCGCUUGCACGACGUCGUUGUAUGUAGGAGAGAAGACCUACAUAAGCGCGAAUGUGCUAGGGGCCGCUCGCAUGAGCGUUUCUAUUCUUGUUUCUCACAAAAAAGUGCACAAAGAAUCCGUUCAGCAUGUGAAAGUUACGGUCACUAGUAAAUGUGUAAAAGGAAAAGCAAAAUGUCAUGCAACCCUUCCUCCAGGAAGGUAAAAGAGAGAUGACGUGUAAGGAUGAGGACCUUGACUUGACACCCACGCACUUCAUGAGCCCAGUAUUUCCUGAUUUAUUACAAAGAAUAAAAACAGUUGAUGUGUUCCUCAACUGGCCCUUUCUUCCUGUUGCAAUGAUAACAUCAGCGGUUCAGCCGGAAAGAAGCAGUUGUGUGUGUGCGCGCGCAUUGUCGAAAACUGUGCAUGAAGAAUUGUGGGGAAUUGGGAAAACCAGAUUUGAGCUUUUCUGUGAAUCAUUUACAUAGAUUGAUUGAUUACAUGAUUGAUUAUGUGCGAACAGUAUCCUCAGAUAAAAGAUAUAAUAUAAAUAAAUCUGUUGUCAAUGGCUUUGUUGAGCCUCAGACCUGUUAAUAAUCUCUGCGUCCAUCUUGGGUGCACAUCACCAGUGAGCACUGUUACUCUACUCUUUGGGUGCAAAAGCAUUGACUGUCAUACUCACUUGUUACAUACCUGCUUUUGCAGUUUGUUCAACGAUCUCUUGUUGUCCUUCGACUUAAAAAAAAAAACAAAAAAAAAAAAACAAACCGCCCUUUACUAGAUAUCGCGAAAGGUAUCUGAGAUAUUUUUGAACGGUCUUGGUGAGUUGAAUGUGUAACUGGUGCAGACUGCAAACGGAUGACACAGCUUUUCUGGUUAGUAAAUUUUAUUCCUGGUUGUUCUGUUAUGAUGCAUUUGUUAUUCGUCACACAGACAUUAUUUAUUUCCACUACACCAUUGUUUCAUGUUAAAUUGUCUUUUUUAUCAUUUUGCAACUGGACAUUUACUUUCACUCGUUCGUUUGCAAAGGACAUUUACUUUCACUCGUUCGUUAAAAACAGUUGAAUGUCUCAACGCCAAUGACAGUUAACGAUGUGUUUCUUAUUCUAUAAUUCCAGUUUGCAGAAAUAAAAGAAUUUCAAAAAUAUU